UGUUAGAAGAACCAACCAAAAGGAAAUAUGGGAUAACGCUAUCAGGAGGGAGAGAGUACAGUAAAAACUCCCAUUAUUGGGUGGCAAUUCUCCCAUAUAUAUUGACCCUUCUCACGUUUUUUCUCUGUCAGCUCGUGCAAGUCGAACAAAGUGGAAGAGCAAUGGAGUUGGGCAGUGCUCUUAGCUUCUUGGAAGAUAGAGCAAUUCUGGUCACGGGUGCCACCGGCUUCUUGGCAAAGAUUUUUGUGGAGAAAAUACUUAGACUUCAGCCAAAUGUGAAGACCUUGUUUCUUCUCCUAAGGGCUGAAGACACAAUGGCGGCAGUACAACGUUUCACCACUGAGGUAUUGGGAAAAGACUUGUUCAAAGUUGUGAAGGAAAAGUACGGGGAGAAGUGGGAUGGGUUGAUAUCGGACCGGGUUAGUGUUGUGGCUGGAGAUAUCACGUGCGAGAAUUUGGGCGUGAAGGACUCGAGUUUCCUAGACCGGUUAUGGACGGAAGUCGAUGUUGUAGUUAACAUGGCUGCAACCACCGAUUUUGAUGACCGCUAUGAUGUGUCCUUCAAGAUUAAUACGAUGGGCCCUAAGCAUGUGCUAGACUUCGCCAGAAAGUGCCAAAAGUUGAGAGUUCUUCUUCACGUAUCAACCGCAUAUGUAUGCGGUGAAAAGCAAGGGCUCAUACUAGAAAGGCCAUACAAAAUGGGGGAAACAUUGAACGGAACAUGUGGGCUUGACAUUGAUAGAGAGAAAAGGAUAAUCAAUGAAACUUUAAAAAUGCUCCGAGCUGAAAAUGCUUCUCAGCAAUCCAUCACCUUAGCCAUGAAAGACAUUGGAAUCCAAAGAGCAAAGGCAUAUGGAUGGCCAAACACUUAUGUAUUUACAAAGGCAAUGGGGGAGAUGCUUUUAGGUGAAUUGAGAGACAGUGUGCCUCUUGUCAUUAUACGUCCGACCAUUAUAACAAGUACUUACAAGGAACCAUUCCCCGGUUGGGUUGAAGGUGUGAGAACUAUCGAUAGCUUAGCAGUUGCUUAUGGUAAGGGAAAACUAACAUGCUUCCUUGGUGACCCUAAGACCAUAGUAGAUGUGAUACCGGCUGAUAUGGUGGUAAACGCCAUGAUAGUAGCCAUGGUGGGACAUGCAAAUCAACAAGGAACUGAAAGCAUAUACCAUAUAGGGUCGUCAGUUUCGAACCCAAUGAGGUACAAAUUGUUGCAAGACUUGGGGUACCGCUACUUCACCAAACAUCCAUGCAUAGGUAAGGAUGGAAAACCCAUUCUUGUUGGAGAGGUGACUGUGCUAGGCAGCAUGGAUAGCUUCCGCAGAUACAUGGCCAUUCAUUAUCUCAUCCCUUUAAAGGGUUUGGAGAUUGUAAAUAUUGCAUGUUGUCAGUACUUCCAUAGUAUGUACAAUGAGAUGCACAGAAAAAUCAAGACAGUGAUGAGGCUAGUAGAUCUGUACCAGCCAUACUUAUUCUUCAAGGGAGUAUAUGAUGAUAUUAACACUGAAAAAUUGCGAAGAGCGGCCAAAGAAGGGGGCACUGAAACAGAUGUGUUUUACUUCGACCCUAAAGUAGUCAACUGGGAUGAUUAUUUCAUCAAGACUCACAUCCCUGGAUUAAUGAAAUACGUUUUCAAUCGUAAAUAAAUGUGUUUGUAUAAUUCUUAUCAUCACAUUUGUAAGAUGAUAAUUUCUCCUUAUUAUAUUAUGAUGUACUGAUGUAGCCUGCAAGUAAAGCUAUCCUUUUUUCUUGUAUCAAUAACUUAUUAGGUGUGUUAACUUUCCUCAAGGAUUAAUUUGGUUGCAUGCAUUCAUAUACUCGAUAUAUUCAGAGC